AUGGAGGCUGAUUGGAUUGGACUACCUAGGUACAAUGAAGCAUAUGUCAGUGGGAUUCAAGCAUUUGUGGAAAAUGCGUUUCCCCUUUUUUCCGUAGGUGAAGAAAUGAAGUGCCCCUGCAAGAAAUGUAAUGGUCAAUAUUGGCAUCGUCAGGAUGUGAUUUAUGAUCAUCUCAUUUGCAGAGGGCCUUCCGCUUUACAUGUCCAAUGGAUAUAUGAUGUCUCGCAAAAGAAAGUCGAAAAUAGUACUGCAAAUAUAGGUUCUGACUUUAUGGAUUGCGAAACGGGGUAUGAUUUUGGUGAUAAUUUAGAAGCGACGGGGAAGAUGUUUGAGAAUUUAGACGAUGGACCAGAUACGGAGGCUAAAAAGAUUUAUCGGCAUCUGAAAGAAGGAAAACAACCACUAUAUCCCGGCUGCAAGAAAUUUUCUCGUUUAAGUUUUAUGAUCAGGCUUUACCAUUUAAAAUGUAGUCAUGGAAUUAGCAAUUCUGCUUUUGGGGAAUUAUUGGGGUUGAUAAAGGAUGCUUUCCCCGAAGCAAAUAUGCCUUUGUCCUUCAAUGCUGCGAAGGACAUGAUUAGGGACUUGGGCCUUCAUUACGAGAAAAUACAUGCUUGUCCCAAUAGUUGCAUGUUGUAUUGGGAAGCAAAUAAAAAUAAACAAGUCUGUGAUAUUUGUGGGGUAUCUAGGUGGGUUAUACAAGAGAAGAAAGGGUCUGCCCAUAAUAACGAUCCAGAGAAGUUAGUUACUAAAGUGCCAGCAAACGUUAUGAGAUAUUUUCCGCUAAAGCCUAGGCUACAAAGAUUGUUCCUGUCCAAGGAAUCUUCCAAAUUGAACACAUGGCAUGCAGCGGGAAGGACGAAAGAUGGGAAACUAAGGCAUCCGGCGGACGCCGAAACUUGGAAGACAAUGGAUGCUAUGUAUCCUGAUUUUUCUUCGGAAAUUCGAAAUAUUUCACUAGGUGUAGCUGCUGAUGGAUUUAAUCCAUUUCGUUCUAUGAAUUUAAGUCAUAGUACAUGGCCAAUUCUACUUGUAAACUACAACCUCCCACCUUGGCUCUGCAUGAAACAGGAAAAUUUGAUUCUUUCAACGUUAAUAUCGGGACCAGAAUCUCCGGGAAAUAGUAUCGAUGUCUAUAUGCAGCCUUUGAUUGCCGAAUUGAAAGAAUUAUGGGAUGUCGGCAUCCAAACAUAUGAUGCCUUGACUGAUCAUAACUUUAAUUUACGGGCAAGGGUGUUUUGGACCAUUAGUGACUUUCCAGGAUACGCUAUGUUGUCGGGUUGGAGCACAAAGGGUAGACUAGCGUGUCCAAUAUGUCACUACGAAACUUGUUCUGAACAUCUGAAACAUAGUAGAAAAAUGUGCUACAUGAAUCAUAGAAAAUAUCUCGAUCCUUCACACAAAUGGAGGUUUGACAAGAAAAGAUUCAAUGGGCAGAUUGAAACGAGGCAGAUUCCGGAUCCAUUAACGGGAAAGGAUAUCGAAGAAUUGUUGUUUGGGUUUGAAAAUCAAUUUGGGAAGAAACGCAAGGGAAUGGGAAAGAGAAAGCGUAAAAUCGACUCUCCUUUCAAAAAGAGGUCAAUAUUUUUUAAUUUGUCGUAUUGGAAACAUGUUCAACUUCGACACAAUCUUGACGCUAUGCACAUAGAAAAAAACUUAUGCGACAAUAUAUUAGGUACUUUACUAAAUAUUGGUGGCAUGUCAAAAGACCACUUGGGUGCUCGCUUUGAUUUGCAAGAAAUGGGAAUAAGGAAGUCACUUCACCCUGUUAAAGGUGCAGAUGGAGAGACUUACGAGAUUAUGGCAUCCAUCUUUGACAUGACAGAUAAGGAGAAAGAUGUCUUUUGCAAGCUGUUGAAGAAUGUGAAACUGCCUUAUGGCUGUGCUGCUAAUAUAAGUCGUUACGUGCACACAGACGAGAGAAAAGUAGUGGGGUAUAAAAGCCAUGACGCGCAUUUUAUCCUCCACUACUUGUUACAAUUUGCUGCAAAGAAAUCACUAAAACCUGAGGUGGCAAAGCCGUUGAUCAAAUUAAGUGAAUUUCUUAGAGGCUUAUGGAGCAAGGUGAUUGUCUUGGAUGAUAUUGAGAGGUUGCAAGAAGAAAUUGUUGAAAUUCUCUGUGAAUUUGAGAUAAUAUUCCCACCUGCCUUCUUUGACAUCAUGGUGCACCUACCUGUCCAUUUGUGUAAUGAAGUUAAAUGCGGCGGACCGGUGCACCUUCGGUGUAUGUAUCCUAUUGAGCGGUAUCUUGCAAAGCUGAAAUCAUAUGUACGUAAUAGGAGCAAACCAGAAGGCUCAAUUGCAGAAGGCUACCUAGCAGAGGAGUGUAUCACAUUUUGUUCAAGAUUUUUGCUUUGUGAAGAAGCAAAAGAAAAUACUGAUUUUGGAAGAUGUCCAACAAAUGUGACGUACCAUAUUGGAACAAGAAGGAAUAAAGAUGGCAAAGUUUUCCAAUUAGAAGAUUCAGAAUGGAAAGCAUGUCAUAUCUACACUCUGUUCAAUAGCGGCAAUAAGGAAAUUGAGGCUUUGCUUGAGAUUCAUCGAGCUUCAGUUGAAGCAGAUCAAACUUCAGAACGAUACAAAAAGGAGCAAACACACUCCAAAGAGUUUUGGAGAUGGUUAAAGGUCCAAGUUGGAAAUCUGGACACCAAUUCAACCGAGUUACAAGUGUUAGCAUUAGGUCCCAAUCGAACAGCGAGGAGGUUUAGCGGGUAUUUCAUAAAUGGUUAUCGAUUCCACACAAAGAAGAGAGAUUCUCGAUGCACCACACAAAACAGUGGAGUUUUUUUAACUGCAGAAACCACUAGUUUUGCAAAUUCUAAGGACAAAAAUCCAAUUAUCGGGGAAGUGAACUACUACGGGUUUAUUGAAGAUAUUUUUGAAGUUGAUUACUGGGGAGUAUUCAGGGUGGUUAUGUUUAAGUGUUGCUGGUACCAAGAAGAAAAAGAUCCCUUUGGUCUGACUAGGGUCAAUUUUAACAAGUCCCGUCACAAAUCUGAUCCUUAUGUUCUUGCUUCAGAAGUGCAGCAAGUAUUCUAUGUGGAAGAUCCAAUUGCAAAAUCUGUUCAAUAUGUUAUGAAAAGACUACCAAGGGUCUGGUGUGACGCUGAAGACCAAGAUUUGUUGGAAGAAGAAAACAACCCUCAUGAUAAACAUGAUUCUAAUCUUGAUUUCCAACUACAAAAUCAAGUUGGUGAAUUUAGUUGGUUCAGGGAUGAUAUCCCUAAAAGACAAGUCCCUGUAUCACCAACUUAA